AUGGAUCUGCCGACAGCAAAACCCGAGUUCAUCUGCGAUGCAUGCAAGAAAAUUGAUUUCAACAGAGUACUAGAUUUGACGAGCGCCGCUCCCGACAUUGAGGGUCCCGUGCUCGACGCCGAUGGAUCACGCUUUACACUGCCCCUGCAAACAAAUUGUGUUGAAUCCACAAAAUCGGGCUGUUUUGAGCUGCUCGCCGUCUCGUUUUUGGAAAACUGUCAAUGGGCCGAUGCGGGGUUCAAAAGAGCGCAGGAGAGUGCAAUGCUUGUGGUAACGCCCAAAACCUCCAGCAACGACGAGAAGAAAAUUCCCGCAGUGUCUCGUGCCAACGACGCAGGGUACGUGGUUGUCUAUCCAAACGGAACUGCGCCGGGUCUUUUCAGGCCGCGUAUCGUCCCGGAAUCGUUCGAUAGCGAGAGAACGCGCAAGUGGCUACAAAACUGUAAAGAUUGCCAUGGGAGUGAGUGCAGCGGGUCAUUUCGGAAGGUUGCAGCUAUGAAGCUGAUUGACUGUGAAACGCUCAAAAUCAUUCCGGCCACCGCUUCCAUGACUUGGGUCACGUUGAGCUACGUUUGGGGUCCGCAGAAAGGAGUUGUCUCCAAUAAUUAUCCAUCACUCCCUCCGCUCCAACUUCCAUCGCCGAUUCCGCCGUUGAUCCGUGAUAGUGUUACAGUUGUCAAGAGCCUUGGAUAUAGAUACUUGUGGGUUGACAAAUACUGCAUCGACCAACAGAAUGAGCGUGAGAAGGUUGAUCACAUCAACAAGAUGGACUUGAUCUACGGAGGAGCUCAGUUUACUAUCAUUGCCGUAUCCGGGACAGGUGAGGCUCAGGGCCUACCUGGGUUUGGAUCAACGAAGAGAUCCAAACAGCAAAUUGUUAAGCUUCCGGGUUUCACAAUUCUUAGUACCGGUCCGGAUCCCACAGCAAGCAUCGCCGAAUCAAAAUGGUGGACGCGAGGGUGGACCUUCCAAGAGGCCUUUCUGUCACCAAGAAAACUGGUGUUCACUGAGUAUCAGACCUACUUUGAAUGCAGAGAAGUCAGUUGGAAUGAAUCCAUUGGUGGGUUGGAAUUCAUUCAGAGCCCCGAACAGGUCGACUUUAGCCGUUCCUGGAAGGCCAGCAGCUUUCUCAUGAACCUAUACACGAGCCGGACAAUAUUGAAGAAGUACUGGGAUGGCGGGUAUCUAAAGGAGUGUGGGACUUUACUCGCUGGGACCCGUGAAACCGAUAAAAUGCUCCAGCAUAGGCACCACGAGCUUUUCAAGCUUGCAGAAAACUACGCCUCGCGCAAGUUGACAUUUGAUUUCGACUCUCUCAAUGCUUUCUCGGGAGUGCUGCGGUUUCUGGAGAGAAACAGCGUGCCCCCUACUUUGAACCUAUGCGGGCUGCCAUAUGUUGCUUUGAGCAGCGCUGACGACGAGGCCGUCGGGAUGUACUUGACGGCUGCGCUCUGCUGGUAUCACUUGGUGUCUACCUCGGUACGACGGCGGUGUGAGUUUCCGUCGUGGACGUGGGCCGGUUGGGCUGGGCGGAUCCGAUCAAUUCGCUUGUAUCGAGCUCAGCGCUGGGUUUCGAAGACACGCGACAUUCUUUUGGAAGAUGAAGGGGGACACAGGCACCCAGCUACACAGUAUCUGCAAGCUGGUACACAUUCCCAUUAUCCAGACACAGCUAACGCAGUCACUCUAACAGUCCGCGAAGUUCCAGUGACACUCUUCUCUACGGGGGGAGAUACUGACAGUUGGGGUGAUUGCACAGUCGCGGGACAUCGUCUGCUUGUUAAAGGUGUACAACCACCGGCCCACACGCCCAGUUCCUUUCUGGAACGCCUGGAAACGCAUGCGUGGAGUUGUUUGUUGCUUGGGGACUACUGGUCCCGCAAGGCAUCUAAGGAGCACGAUUGGAGGUUUCUGCUCGUUGUUGAAUGGGGAGAUCCCGGGACUGCAACUCGGGUGGGUGUUCUGCUUGCCAAAGGCUGUGAAGGGAGCGGAGGCGAAGCCGGGAGCUUUUUUGAUGAGUCCAACUUGAGAUGGAUCCAGGUUCGUCUUGUCUAA